AUGCUAGAUCAACAUGAUGGUGCUGCUCUGAACGUAUCUGAGUGGCUAGAAAAGCAAGAUCAGUGCUUUGAGGGUUCUUUCACAGAAAGUCCUCCCACACCUAGAGAUGACCGAAGUUCUAAGUCAAAGAUGAUUAUACCUUUAAGUAAAGAUCUAAAAUUAAGUAAUAAGAAUUUUAUGUCAAUAAUUGAAGCUGAUAUAAAAACAAUGAACCCUAGAGCACUUUACCUCGAUCGAUGCAUUUAUCCCAGUGAUCCUGUUUUAGCCGAAUUUGCAUCUAGAGUGUAUAAGGAAAGGAUAAACAACUCCCAAAAACUAGAGGAAGAUUGGGUUCUAUUAACAAAGGCAAUAAACUUUAGUGAUGGCUACUUUGGAGCUGCGUAUUGGAACUCUCACAAUAAACACGUUGUUAUUUCCCACAAGGGUACAUCAAGUCCGGAGGAUGUUUUGGCUUUCUUAGAUAAUCAGGGAAAUCCAUUAGAAAAAUUCUCCUCUCAAAUGAGUUCUGCGGCUACUUUUUCUUAUUAUAUUCAAGAGAGUCUUGAAUUGCUUAGUGAAAAGUUUCCACAGAAUUUGACAAUUUCCAUAACUGGUCAUUCAUUCGGAGGCUGGUUAGCACAAAUCACUGCUUUUACUACUCAAUAUCUUGUUCCUGAAAACGAAGAAGAUAAAGGAGAUUUCUUUUUCGUUCAAAAUGACGAAGAAGGCUAUCAUGCGCAUACAGCAGUCUUUGACAGUCCUGGUUGUAAGGACAUGUUGUUGAAAAUGGAAAGUGACUUUGAUGUACGCUAUAGUAGUACAGAACAUCCAUCCACUUUGUUGGAUAUCACAAUUUAUCUCUCCGCACCAAAUUUAAUCAAUACUCUUCAAUCGCAUCUUAAUGUUGGCAAUUUAUAUCGCGUGUUUAUUGAAGACUUACCUGAUGGAACAACUUGUGGUAAUUUCCUUCAGUACACAAAAGAGACUCAUAACAUAGACAAAAUUAAAGCUUCAAUGACAAAAAUAAUGAAGGUAAAAGACUGGCCCUUAAUGAAAGAUUAUGACACUUUUACUGAACUAACGAACUGUUCUAGCUAUUUCAAUCAUCCCACAGUUCAUUAUCACGUGGAAAGUAUUGAAAAAGAAGAAUGUUGUGCUAAUAUUUUCACGCGGGCUGAAUUCGAUUUUCUGAUAAAAUGCCAUACAUUAAAACAUCUUUCAAUGCUGUAUAUAGCAGACGAAUUAUUCGUCUUACUUCAUCAGAAAACAGAAGGGAUGAUAAAUAAAGAUGAAGUUAAAGAAAUGGUUCAAGAUUUUGAAAUAAAAGAGAGAAAAGGUAGUGGCAUUAUCAAGUGCGCUUCGAAAGAAAAGCUUCAAAAAUUGAUAAUUUAUGUCAAGAANGUUAAGAGAAGUAAAGAGAUUGUAGAGCUUUUAAUAUCUCAUGGUGCUGAUAUCGAUGCUAAAGAAAACACUGAUAGAACACCUUUGUUUUUCGCAAAGAACAAAGAGAUAGCCAAGUUUUUAAUAAAACGUGGCGCUGAUGUUAAUGCUAAAAGUAGCGAUGGAAAUACACCUCUACACGAAGCUUCUAAGAGAAGUAAAGAGAUUGUAGAGCUUUUAAUAUCUCAUGGUGCUGAUAUCGAUGCUAAAGAAAACACUGAUAGAACACCUUUGUUUUUCGCAAAGAACAAAGAGAUAGCCAAGUUUUUAAUAAAACGUGGCGCUGAUGUUAAUGCUAAAAGUAGCGAUGGAAAUACACCUCUACACGAAGCUUCUAAGAGAAGUAAAGAGAUUGUAGAGCUUUUAAUAUCUCAUGGUGCUGAUAUCGAUGCUAAAGAAAACACUGAUAGAACACCUUUGUUUUUCGCAAAGAACAAAGAGAUAGCCAAGUUUUUAAUAAAACGUGGCGCUGAUGUUAAUGCUAAAAGUAGCGAUGGAAAUACACCUCUACACGAAGCUUCUAAGAGAAGUAAAGAGAUUGUAGAGCUUUUAAUAUCUCAUGGUGCUGAUAUCGAUGCUAAAGAAAACACUGAUAGAACACCUUUGUUUUUCGCAAAGAACAAAGAGAUGGCCAAGUUUUUAAUAAAAUGUGGCGCUGAUGUUAAUGCUAAAAGUAGCGAUGGAAGGACACCUCUACACGAAGCUUCUUAGAGAAGUGAAGGAAUUGAAGAGCUUUUAAUAUCACGUGGUGCUGAUAUUGAACUUAGAGAGAUAGGAAGGGUGAUUAGAGAUAUUUCCGGAGAAUUUUACGAAGUCGGAGCUAAGGAGAUAUUUAAUUAAGAAUGCGUCAUCCACUUUUUAGGCACAAAAAGGUAUUGAUCAUAUUAAAGCUAAAUGUAAAUUUUAUUUUAAAAAUAUGUUUUAAUUUAAAAUUUAUUAAUGUAAAUAGUUGAAAAUGCUGUCAGGCAUAUGAUCAUUACCUCAGCGAAUUUAUUUCUGGAUAUCAUAGAAUUCCAACGCAUAUUCUAAUGUAAGGAUGUGUGUUUAAUGAAAAAAGUCAAGUUUAUGAAAAAUUUGCAGUUUAUUUUGCUGAUAAUUAUGUGUUCUUAUUUUUACAAAUAUUAUCUAUACAAUUAUAUAUACAAUUAUAAUAUUAAACAAUUUUUUAAUGUUAUUUAUUGUAAUGCUUUUUUAAACUUUUAAACGUAAAUAAUUGAGCAUGAAUUGUAUUUCCAGUUUCAAUUCGUGAAAAUUUGUUUGAGGGGCAACUCAUGUCUUAAAAUUAAAAAUUAAAAGCCAGAUUUUUUUAAAGUUUUGAAACAUAUCUAUUUAUAAUCAUGAAAAAUACGCAAGUUUCUACAACAACUACUGAAUUAUAAAAAGAAAUUAUUUACAGAUCUUUUAAGUUAAAAUUUGAAAAAAGUCAAUCUUAACGAUAUUUUCGUGUUUUAUAUAAAUAAUGUUUUUAUAUUUACUGUUGUAAUUUAAUGAAACUGUAUUUUUAACCUUGUAUUUCUGUUAAUUAUUUUCUGAAAUAUUUGUUAUUUGACUCAUAUGAAUGAGAGUAUAUUUUAAUUAUAAAGCUUCACAAUAAACUCUUCGCCCAUUAAAA